AUGGUCGCUCCUAGGAAUGCCGCGUACGCGGAGGAGAGCGCGGAGGUGGAGGUGCUGUACGCCAACCUCGAGAAGCUCAAGCUCCUCACCAAAAAGAUCCAGGGCUCCAUGAACCGGCUGGAGACUGGAGGGAACGUGGUGAAGCAUGCCAUCGGGCCGAUUUACAGCAAUACCCAAUCACUCCAGAUCACGAACAGCAACAUCGACAAGGUCAAUGAAGCGAUCGAACGCCUUCGCCAGCCCCUCGAUGCCAAGGGUCAAGAGGAGGGCAUCAUACAUGCUGGACCCCAGAGCGCUGGCUUGUCGCAAUAUAUCUCGGCCGUGAAACGGAUCGAAAAGGCCCUGACGGACCUGAACGCAACCAAUUUGAAGUCGAACCAGAAGGCUACCUCCGAAUUCAAUACCUUAUUAGUUCUCGGAAACUCCAAGCUCCAGGACAUGCUUCGCAACACGUUGAGCGACCAUGUCAGUCCUAUCGAACCACUACACUAUUUGACGAAAGAACUUUCAUUCCCAUCGCUGCCUGACGAGACCAUCGCGGAGUUGGGAGCUGUAUGCGCUGCUAUCGCCUCUGCAGCCAGUCACGGACCACAACGGGGUGAGGGCGGGAAUCCCGCGCUCAAAAUCUACGCCGAGAUCCGGGGGCCUUACAUCACCUCGAGCUUACAGAACCUUGCCAUCGCAUCGCUCAAUACUGUCAAGCGGCGGGCUGCGGACGGCCCCUACAGGCAAGGCACCAACGGCAUUGGGAUCUACUCCAAUGCGCUGGAAAGCUUUAUAUAUACAGAACAUGAUAUCCUGGUGCGGAUUUUCACAGGUGACCAGCGGGGACUUGCUCUACAGGCAACAUGUCGUUCGGCCUUGGCCGAGUACUCGCAGACACUGCGGGAGCUCAACCACUACAUCAAGGCGAAUCUUAUGACGGACUGUUUCCUGGCCUUUGAAAUCAUUGAAAUCGUCACGGCUAUGUCCUACCGUGUGGAGUCAAAAACUGGCGAGCUCAAAAGCUUGUUCAUCGAGGCUCUCCGGCCGGUCCGUGAGACGGCGAAGUCAUCGCUAUCCGAGCUGCUCGAGGAGACGAAGCGCAAGGCUGGGGGCAUUGCCGUGCUCCCACCCGAUGGCGGAUCGGUGCCUCUUGUCGGCGAGGUCAUGAGCUCUCUUACUACACUUACUGGUUAUUCCGGACCGCUAGCAUCAAUUUUAACAUCUCUGGGAGAUGGCAACUGGCGGUCUACUUCCAGUGCAGCGCCCACGGCUCCCUUGGAUGUCAGCCCCGAUAGUUUGACGCUCCUGUCGCACUUUAUCCUGGACAUGAUUGAAGCCCUCAUGAUUGCGCUGGAGGCACGUGGCCGGGCGCUCCAUCGCUCCAAGGCAGUGCAGGGGGUCUUUCUAUCCAAUGUCUUCUGCACUGUUGACCGCUCUAUACGGCAGAGUCCCGAGCUAGCUCGGUACCUGGGCUCUGCGGAUAGCAUCGCCCGGAUUGACACCUUCCGGAAGCGCGCCACUUCCACCUAUCUGGAUGCGUGGAAGGAGACCUCCCAUUUUCUUCUGGAUGUGCAGUAUACGUCUCGGGGCUCGGGCGGCAGGCCAGCCUCGGGCGGGGUGGUCGAUUCUAGUGCCAUCGUCAAAUCCCUCUCGUCCAAAGACAAAGAUGCCAUCAAGGACAAGUUCAAGGCGUUCAACGCGAGCUUCGAUGAGCUGGUGGCCCGUCACAAGGGCAUGUACAUGGAACGGGAGGUCCGGGGGGUUCUCGCCCGGGAGGUGCAGGCGGUUCUUGAGCCGCUAUAUGCGCGGUUCUGGGACCGCUACCAUGAGGUUGACAAGGGCAGAGGCAAAUAUGUCAAGUAUGACAAAGGCAGCCUGUCCGCACAGUUGUCUGCAUUUCUAUGA